GCCCGGAGUUCCCCAUCACUCCGACCACCACCAUUUUCCUGUCAGCUCUCUCUCUUCUCUCCCCCACGGCCAUUCAGAUCGCCGUGACUCAGCCGCCAUGGGCGCCACAAAGCCUGCUCCCGCCGCGAGACUCCUGUGAUCCCAAUUAACCCCCACGCCACCCCGCCCCGCCCCAACCGCCAGCCCCCACCCGCGGACCGACGGGGACAUGCCUCCCACGCCGCCGCCGGAGACGGACGCCGAGCCGGAGUUCGCCGAGAUCGACCCCACCGGCCGCUACGGACGGUACACGGAGGUUCUUGGCAAGGGCGCGUUCAAGACGGUCUACAAGGCUUUUGAUCAACUGGAAGGGCUAGAAGUUGCCUGGAACCAAAUCAAAGUGGGUGAUAUAUUACGGAACAAUGAUGAUUUGGAGAGGCUGAGAUCAGAAGUGCGGUUGCUUAAGACGCUCAAGCACAAGAACAUAAUCAAGUUCUACAAUUCAUGGCUCGACAAGAAAAACAACAACAUAAACUUCAUCACAGAAGUCUUCACAUCAGGAACAUUGCGCCAGUACCGUAUUAAGCACAAGAAGGUAGACAUUAGAGCUUUGAAGAAAUGGUCAAGGCAAAUCUUGAGUGGUCUAGUGUACCUCCACGGCCAUGAUCCACCAAUAAUCCAUAGAGAUUUGAAAUGUGAUAACAUAUUUGUGAAUGGAAACCAGGGUGAAGUAAAGAUUGGAGACCUGGGAUUAGCAACCAUCCUAGACAAUGCACGCUCAGCUCAUAGCAUCAUUGGUAACCGAUUCAGCACACCGGAAUUCAUGGCGCCAGAACUCUAUGAUGAAGAAUACAAUGAGCUUGUAGACAUUUAUGCAUUUGGGAUGUGUUUACUGGAGCUUGUUACAUUUGAGUACCCAUAUUGUGAAUGCUCCAAUGCAGCACAGAUAUACAAGAAAGUUUCUGAUGGUGAAAGGCCCGGUUCACUGGCUAAGAUUGAGGAUCCUGAAGUUAAAUUCUUUAUAGAGAAAUGCAUAGCCCAAGCUUCCCAAAGGCUCUCAGCAGAAGAACUAUUAGUGGAUCCUUUUCUCCUAGAUGUUGAUGAUGAAAGAAUCUUCUAUCCAGUACAGUCAAAUACGAAUGCAUCAGAUGCUGGUGGCAGUUCGAACCCAAGUGCGAAUUACAGAACAGCAUCAUCUGUUGGCUCCCGGGGACGAACGGGUAGCACGGGGGGAUCACAUCCAAGUGAUAUGCACAGCAAUAGGGAUCGACAUGCUGCGACUAGUCGAAUGAUCACCGUUGAGAGUCAGCGGAAGGACCUAAAUACAAUAUUUUUGAAACUGCGGAUUGCCGAUUCAACAGGUCAUGCCCAAAACAUCCAUUUUCCAUUUGAUAUUGAAGCUGACACUUCAAUUAGUGUUGCUACGGAGAUGGUUGUACAGCUGGAUCUCACGGACCAAGAUGUUACUGCGAUUGCAGAAAUGAUAGAUUCUGAAAUACAGGCACAUAUUCCUGAAUGGGCGUUUGAUGAAUCAGUUGACAACCAAGGGGAUGAAGGAGCUCAUUCUGAGACUGAUAAUUCAGAAUCCGAUAACGGUGAGACUUCUGAGCUUCGUAACGAGGUUGAUGCAACAAACAAUGGUUUUACACAAGAGCAGCUUCCUUCUGGCCGGAAAUACUGGUCAGACUCACCCAGAAGAGAUAUUGAAAUCUCUCACUCGGUGGAGGACCAACAGACUGAUGAUAAUAUGCCAAAUGGGAUAUUGAAAAACAAUAAUGUAGACGGUAUGUGUGAGCGAAUGUCAUCAUCAGUGCACUUGUCGAACCCGGAUGUGGUCAACAGGAACUCGGGAGGGGCUUCUGCUGGCACUAGCUCUCGUCUUUCAGAUGGCGGUUAUCUCACAGCAGAUCUUAAUGAAAAGUUGGCAGAUUUGUUAGCCAAUCAGAAAGAGGAGCUCAGUGCGCUGCGAAGAAAACACAAGGCUGACAUAGAGGUGGUCUUAAAUGGGGUGCCUGCACAACAUCGCGAGGAGACCUUAACCAGGUGCCGCUUGAAGGCAGAUCAGAAAAAGUUAUGACUCCUUUAUGUACAUCUUCGUUGCGUCUUGUUUUAGGUACCGGCAGCAGGGAGUUUCUUAGAAUCGAUGUUGUGCAAAAUUGGCCUCGCCGUUUCCUCUUCUUUUUUCAAUGGAGAAGCUGCUGCAGGUGCUUGUGGAUUACAUAUGAUACUCCCACCAGUGCAAGUUGUCUGGAGGUUUUUGAAGUCAACAACGGAAAGUUUCUGCGCUCAGCAAAGUCAAAUCCCCAGAUACCAUCAUGCCAAAGAAAUUGUUCAUAAGAAGUGCAUAUUUUCUUUCUAUUUCUCCCCUUUUUUGUAUUGUCAACUUUCUUAGCUACUACAUGACGGUGUUUGAGCUGUUGCUCACCUGCAUUCAUCACAAACCGUAAUGUUCAAUUAUUCCUCCCCAUCA